AUGGCUUAUGGACAAGUGGCAGACUCUCUUGAUGAAAACUUCAUGAUGGCUGAAUCUACUACUAUAGAAAACUUCGGUGAAUUUUGUCGCACGAUCGUCACCAUCUACCAGCAACGAUAUCUUCGAGCACCAAACAGAGAGGAUCUGGAACGGUUCUUACAACGAGCCAAACGACGAGGCUUUCCUGGAAUGAUAGGUUCGCUUGACUGCAUGAGUUGGCAAUGGAAGAACUGUCCAACUAGAUGGCAAGGAAGCUUUAGUGGAAAAUCAAGAAAGCCAACCAUCGUUCUCGAAGCCGUGGCUGAUUUUGAUAAAUGGAUAUGGCAUGCCUUUUUUGGAAUUCCUGGUACCCAAAAUGACAUUACAAUUGUUGGGGGUUCACUACUGUUUGAUGUGCUCACUAAAGGUCAGUCACCAUAA